GGGAAGUUACCAGCAUCUCAGGCUAAUCCUGAAGUGGUCUCUGCUUUUAGAAGAGAGGAAAAAGAACAGGCCAUGAGGCUUUUGGACAAUUACUUGAGAAUUUGCCGUGCAGCCAAGGUUAAGGCAAGCUUUAUGAUGACGGAAGCUGAUCAAGUCCAGAAAGGGAUUGUUGAUUUGGUUGUCGGGCAUAAUAUUAGGAGGCUUGUUAUUGGAGCAAUACCCGAAGGUUGGAUGAAAGUCAAAAGGAAUUCCAGGAAAGCAAAUUAUGCUGCCAAAAAUGCACCCCCCUUCUGUAAAAUAUGGUUUAUCUAUAGAGGUAAACAUAUUUGGACAAGAGAAGCUUCUGAAAAACCUUGUUCUUUAUCACCUUGUGAAACAAUUGAAACAGAAGGCACUUUUGCCGCCGAAUCAACUACAUCCAGCGGUCCAUUGCCCCAAAAUUCUGCUGAGAGUUCUUCAGAUACUCAUUUAGAGGCUGAAGAAGAAAGAGUUAAUAGUCAACUUGUUGAAGUCAAACAAGAAGCUGAUGAAGCAGCAGAUGAGUCUUUUGUUGAGCUAUUGAAGUUGGAAGCUGAAGCCACUGAGGCCAUAAGGAAGGUCAAUUUGUUUGAAUCUGCUCAUGCACAGGAAGUAAAGCUCAGACAAGAGGCAGAGGAUGAGUUGAGAACCACAGUAAAGGAUCAACAAAAGCUCCUAGAUGAGAAUGAAGAAAUUGGUAGUGAGUUACAAAGAACCAUGAGAAGUAUUGCCAUCCUAAACAGUUGUGUGCAGGAAACAGACCAUAGGCGAGAUGCAGCUGAAGAUGAACUAUCACUAAUUCAAGCAUCCAUCUCCACACUCUGGCACGAAAAACAGCAGAUCAGGCGACAGAAAAUGGAAGCCAUCCGCUGGCUGGACCGGUGGAAAAGCCGUGGGCAAGUUGGAGUUGCUCAUUGUAAUGGAGUUGUAGGAUUUGCUGAGGAGUUACCUGAGAUAGCAGAAUUUUCAUUAUUGGAUAUUCAAAAUGCCACGUGCAAUUUUUCUGAAAGCUUUAAAAUUAAGGAGGGUGGAUAUGGCGCUAUUUAUAAGGGAGAAAUGUUGGGUAGGACAGUUGCUGUAAGAAAGCUCCAUUCUCACAAUUUGCAAGCACCUUCACAGUUUCACCAAGAGGUUCAAGUUCUUGGUAGUUUUCAGCACCCUCAUCUGUUGACUUUGCUUGGUGUUUGCCCUGAAGCCUGGUCACUUGUAUAUGAGUACUUGCCCAAUGGAAGUAUUCAAGACAGCCUUCUAAGAAGGAGCAACAUUUCCCCUUUAACAUGGAAUAUCCGAACACGAUGGAUUGCUGAAAGAGAAGAUUCUCUCUAUCUUCCUAGUUUUGGCUUGGAAACUGAGCCAAGGGGUUCUUUCACAUAUACAGAUCCAGAGUUUCAGAGAACUGGACUAACACCAAAGUCUGACAUAUACUCCUUUGGCCUCAUUAUUUUGCAACUCUUGACUGGUCGGACUCCAGUUGGAUUAGUUGGUGAAGUACAGAAAGCCGUUACAUAUGGACGAUUGUCCUCAAUUUUAGAUUCUUCGGUUGGCGAAUGGCCUUUGGCUGUGGCAACACGAUUGGCUGACCUCGGAUUACAGUGCUGCCAACAAUAUAGUAGAGACAGACCAGAGUUAACACCGUCUCUGGUUAGAGAACUGGAGCAGUUACAUGGAAAUAAUGCACGAUCCUCAAGUUGCAGCAGAUGGAUUUACUUAUGAAAGGGAUGCCAUAACUGAAUGGCUCGAAAAUGGACAUGAAACUUCUCCCAUGACCAAUCUGAAACUGAAUCAUCUGUAUCUUACUCCCAAUCAUGCACUUCGACUUGCUAUCCAAGAAUGGCUUUGCAAACCCUGAAGCUUCAUUAAUUCAUUUCUGUAAAUAUCUCUGUAUAUUUCUGUAGUUGCCCCCUGUGCUUACUUUAAAGCAAUCAUUGUGUUGAGCUUUUAGAGUUAUAGGGCUGGCUGGUUUCUUGUGUUAGCUUUUAUUUUGUAGAUCCCAAGUUGCAACUAGAAUAAUUAUAGGAUUUAGUAUGGAGAUGAGUCUAGAUAUUUGUAAUCCUAUUGUAUCCAUGAAUCAUUGAAAUAGUGAAAUAUCAAGCAUAUUGCUUUUUUUCUAUGGAUAAUUGAA